CCCACCCCACGCGGGAUUGCAGGCAGGCAGGGGACAGGAUGGGGGUUCAAGUUCCAGGUCCGUGUUCGUUUAGUCUGCGAAUACUUUGAGUACCACACACGUGCCAGGAACUCGCGCGGGGAGAAGGAGAACGGAAGGUCAGUCUUCAGUGGAAAAACAGAGCCUGCGACGCCGUGGAUGCCGCCCCGGGCCUAGUUUCCCCAUCCGGGGAGCGCUCGCCCCGCCCCCGAGGCCGCCUCGGAAGGCGGCUCGGGCUGCAGGAACCGGCCCCCGGCCCCGGGCCUGCCCUCCCCGGUUUCCGCCGCCUGGACCGAGUCCUCGCGCCACCGGAAGCUCCCGCCAGGCCGCUGGGAGGCGGCGGCGGCGGCGCCAAGAUGCAGAAACUGAGGCGCAGAGAAGUUACCUUGUCCCAGGACCCACAACUAAUGGGGUAACCGAGACCCGCUGUGCAAAAGUGACUUUUACCUAAGAUACUCUGGACAGGGCAGAGCUAAUAUGCAUGGAACUUGCAUUUUUGGACCUGACUCCAGAACCCUGGGGAUUUCCACUGGGGCACUGAACACCCACACCCACACUAGGCUGCUCGGAGGUUCCAGGGAACAUAGACAAGUCACCGACUGGGGCUCUCUCUGCCCCUGUCCCCUGGGGAGGAAGUGGAGGAAGCCAGUGGCAGCCUGAGGUCCUCCGACAGGGGAAACUCUAACUGUGGUUCCUGAAAGUCCGUGACACGGUUCUUUUUUCUCUCUGACUUGCUCUCCCCUCCCUCUUGCUCAAAAGAAUGACUGGACACUCCUAGAGCCUGCAGUCACCAUCCAGGGGAUUUUUUUCACCACAAAGGGUAAUUCCUGUCUCAUCCCUGCUGUGACUCAGCUGUGACGUUGAACCACACAAGCCAGCGAGAAGAUAAAAUCAUCAGACUCCUGCUCAUCAGAGAGGGUGGCCCAGCCAGAACUCACCUCUUCUUCCAGCACAGACUCCACGGAGCUGGUCCCCUCCACAGAGGAGCUUGAACAGGGCCCCCCCACCAGCCAGCCUGGGACCCCGAGAUGGCCUCUGGCUCGGCCAGCAGCCCCCGCCCGGCCCCUGAUGAGAACGAGUUCCCCUUUGGGUGCCCCCCCACCGUCUGCCAGGACCCACCAGAGCCCAGGCCCCUCUGCUGCGCCGUCUGUCUCUCUGAGAACGUGAGGAAUGUUGAGGAUCGGAUCUGUCCCAAAUGCAAAGGGGAUGACACACCAUCCGAAAGGCCAGGAAGCCUUCUGUCUCAGGAGCAGGAUCACCCCGAGGUGGCUGAGGCUGGAGUUGGGUGUCCCUUUGCAGGUGUUGGCUGCUCCUUCAAGGGGGGCCCAAAGUUCAUGCAGGAGCAUGAGGUCACCUCCCAGGCCACCCACCUGAACCUGCUGUUAGGGUUCAUGAAACAGUGGAAGGCCCAGCUGGGCUCUGGCCUGGGGUCUGGGCCCAUGGCCCUGGAGCGGAAUCUGUCAGACCUGCAGCUGCAGGGGGCUGUGGAGGCAGCUGGGGACCUAGAGGUGGACUGCUACCGGGCCCCCUGCUCCGAGAGCCAGGAGGAGCUGGCCCUGCAGCACUUCAUGAAGGAGAAGCUCCUGACGGAGCUGGAGGGGAAGCUGUGCGUGUUCGAGAACAUCGUCGCCGUCCUCAACAAGGAGGUGGAGGCCUCCCACCUGGCCCUGGCCGCCUCCAUCCACCAGAGCCAGCUGGACCGUGAGCACAUCCUGAGCUUGGAACGGAGGGUGGUGGAGCUGCAGCAGACCUUGGCCCAGAAAGACCAGGCCCUGGGCAAGCUGGAGCAGAGCUUCCGCCUCAUGGAAGAGGCCUCCUACGACGGCACCUUCCUAUGGAAGGUCACCAGUGUCACCAGGCGGUGCCAUGAGUCAGCCUGCGGCAGGACCGUCAGCCUCUUCUCCCCAGCUUUCUACACUGCCAAGUACGGAUACAAGUUGUGCCUGCGGCUCUACCUGAAUGGGGACGGGACGGGGAAGAGGACCCACCUGUCCCUCUUCAUCGUGAUCAUGAGAGGGGAGUAUGAUGCUCUGCUGCCGUGGCCUUUCCGGAACAAGGUCACUUUCAUGCUGCUCGACCAGAACAACCGUGAGCACGCCAUCGACGCCUUCCGGCCCGACCUGAACUCAGCAUCCUUCCAGCGGCCCCAGAGCGAAACCAAUGUGGCCAGCGGCUGCCCGCUCUUCUUCCCCCUCAACAAGCUGCAGUCGCCCAAGCAUGCCUACGUGAAGGACGACACCAUGUUCCUCAAGUGCAUCGUGGAGACAAACGCUUAGGGCGGGAGGGGCCGAGCAAGCCGCACCCGGGUCCCGAGGGAGCACCCGCUCAGACGGGGGUUCAGCAAGAUGACUGAGGUCCUGCGCUUGGCGCCCAAGAUCCCAAGGCACAAUGAUGGGCCGGGGCUGGCAUGAUGUGAGCCGAGCUGACAGAUUGACCGUGGCUAGCUGUCAGCUUAGUGUGGCAGGACCUUGGACUGGGCCCAGAAAGGCAGAGGGUCCCAAAGGAGGUGUUGCAGGACUGAUCCCCCUGCACUGACCAUGCAGCACUGGAGCCCUGAGAGCCACCCGGCCCUGAAUGUUGAGAUGGACUCCGGCCAAGAUGGGGAGGGUGUGGGGACCAGGCUGGGGCGUGGAUGGGGAGCUGGAGAUGUGGGACCUCAGCAAAGAAGCUCCGGGGAUGGGAAGACCUCUGCAGGCCGCCAUGGAGAGUGAGCUUGCUCUCGUCCUGCUUGGGAUCAGAACCAGGACCAGGGGGUGGAAGUGACAGGGUGCCAGUGCGAAUUCAGUCUGUCCCAGCCUGGACCGAGUUCCCCAGCACUGGAGGUGAACAAGCAAAACCAGGGGGCUACGCUGCGGGGAGGGCAUCAAAUGGGGGGAGGGGUGGUUUUGAAGACCUUCAUGGUUCCUUCCAACGCGGAGUCUCUGACUCUAGGCCUCCUGGGCCAGAUGAGGCCUAGUGCCGCAGGGGGUCUGGAAACAUUCAGGAGCCCGAUGCCCUCCAGUUUCCUGACUCACCUUCAGUACCGCCAGGUGGGCUGAGCUGGCCCACACGGCACCUGCCACCCUGGGCCCGGCAGUCCGCUUGCCCUCCAUGCAGAGCCACGCAGAGGCCCUGCGUCCUGCGCGUCCCCCAGCUGAGCGCCCCUCCACCUCCUCCAGGUGAAACCAGGUCCCUAGCUCCCAGAGGCAGCUGAAAGGAGCGUGGAGAAGGAGAGGGGCACAGACUCUCCACGCUACCUGCCUGGGGGCCCCACUCUCGGCCAUUUCCAGAAUCCCGUGUCACCCGAUGAACGAAGGUAACCACAUCUCUAGUUGAUGGAUCAGGACCGCCGAGCCACCUGCAGAUGUUGUCCUUUUAUAUGUAUAAAACCAAAGAAAGAAUUUUUUUUAAA